GUCAGUUGUUGAAUACAGAUGUCGAGUACUCCUCUUUAUCUUUUUUCUUUUUUCUUCUUCUCGACUCAAUUAAACCUCCCCAUCACUCAUCCUUCUCCAUCACUUCCUCCUUUUUCAUCCAUCCUUACUCCAUUACGAGAACAACAUCGACAGCCAACACUCUGAUCCCCAAUCCCUAUUUCCCCAUUCCGUCUUUACAUUUCUUAUACCUCCCUCUUUUUCACAAUUGCACGCCUCCACAAACUUUUGCACACCUUCCACAAAAUCCAAUUGUUGCCUUAUCGACCAUUGCUGCCCAUCCGUUCUUUUCCUAUCCUCUUUUCGACUCCAUUCACUCCCUGACAGCAGAACCGCCCAAACCCAUACCACUGAAAAAUCCAGCGCAUUUCGGGCACGUAUCGCCUCUUAACAUCUACACAACAUGUAUCAUUCAAUGGUGCAAGGGAACGAGGAGCAGGACGUGCCACGCUGGGAUGAGGUACUACGAUUUCUGCCAGGACAACUCCGCAACAAUCGCUCGUCAACCUCGCUCGCGUCCAGAGCGGUAACGAUCUACGAGGAUGACGAAAGCUCACCCCUGUUAUCUAGCGGGCUGAUUCCAACACGGCGACAGGUUGCACAAUGGACCAACAGUAUAUGGAAACGACAGGCUGUCCUGCUCGUUCUACCUGUUUCUAUCGUCAUCAUGUGGUGCUCAGUUCCAUUGAGGACAUAUCCGGACGAGCCAGAGGACGGCGGCGGGUCCUCCAAUUCAACCUGGCCCUGGGAUGGCUUCCCCUGGAGCCCCAAUAAGGACACGACCAACAAUACGCUAUUGGCAGUCUCAGCAACACUCGGAACAGGGGCAGGAGGGUUAGGGAUGCCAGGAAACAUGACCAACAUAACGAUGCUCCCGACUGCACCACCGCAACCACCCGUGCUAGUCAACUUUUGGUGGUUCCUAUGGUUCUACUAUGGAUUCUACAACGCCGUCGCCCUACUGCUAAUCACCAAGAUCUUCAACAUCUACUCGCUCAAUUGGUGGCCCAAGGCCCUCGGGGGUCUGACCUCGUACUUCAUCUUCUGGCUCUCGACGCAGCUAAUGGGGAUCUUGGUCUAUUACUUUACGGGAUUGGAGGGAUACCAACUCACAUGGGUAUUUCUAACGUUCUGCACGAUGACCAUUCCAUUACUGGUUGCGUUUCUGGUGAUCCGGUCCGAGAACCGGAAUGUAUAUCGACAUUCGCUCACAGUCGCCCAGAAGACUUUCUUGUCGGCAUCCUCGAUCGAGGCGAGAAUCCCGGCCUCGUAUAUCCGGUUCUUAUGGUUCUGUGUCGCCCUCGCGAUUGCGCUCAGUACGAUCGUGACGGGACAGAUUUAUGCGGAUCAAUAUAUCAAGGCCCCCCAGGAUAAACCGCGCACGACGAUUGAGGGACUGAUUUACGUCUAUUCUUGGGUCGGAACGAUCUAUAUACUGGAUGCAAUCACGGAUUACAUUGUCGAAACCCGAGUGAGAUCCUAUCCGCUGUCAUCGAUUUUCAAGCUCUAUUACUUCAUGAUCUACUUCAUCUUCUACAGGAACCUUUUUGUCCGGUUGAGAUCCUAUGAGCAGUUCGUCGUCAUCCAGCUGGCCUCUUCGUUUUGGGUCUGCAUUUUCCAUCCGAUCUGUAUGACCCACACCGUAUACAGGACGCUCGUCUAUUUGUUCGGGAUCACAAGGACAUACGAGGAGUACAAGCGCCAGGUCGGACGCGGGUUAUUCCUGAGGAACCUGGCCGAGAAUGUGACCAUGCUUGCCUUUUUGUGCUGGGUCAAUAUUCUCUACUACGGACCGAACGCGAAAAUAUACCAGUAUUUUCAGUUCAAGGACCAGUAUCGGGAGUACGACCAUACUGUUACCGUCUAUGCAUCCGUCGGCAUCUGGGCAAGCGAGCUGAUCUCGAAUUUCAUUAAUCGGUCGAUCUGUAAGCGGUUCAUGGGGCAUCAUGUCACGAAGGAGGCGCUGAAGGACUUCAAGGAAUACCCAGAGUUGAUCGUCGCGUUCGUCUUGGUCAUGGUCCAUAUUUUACAGGACAUGCUACUCUCGCUGCUGGACCUCAACUUUGCUUAAGAACCAAAGUAACAAAAAUACCACCAUUUAUCCUUCUUUUUUUUUUUUCCCUCUCUUGUACAAUGAUAUCUUUCCUUCUCUUGUCCCUGCUGUAAUUACAUAUUGCAUGCUUCCCCUAUCCAUACCGCCGUGUGUUCUAUGACACCUUUCCUUCUUUUGUUUUUAUCCGCAUGUUGUAAUUUUAUGCAUACACCAAUAUAACCCUCGGUCCUUCCCCUCUUUCACCCUCGCCAUCGUUUUGAAGUUGCAGUUUUACACAGU